GGGCAGUUAUAAGUACGGGAAGCGAUGGUUACGCCAGUCUGAUGCCUCGUCCAAGUUGUACUGACGUUUUGGCGGUCACUUGUGAAUUUGUUAACAAUUGAAUAAUAAAAGUUGUGCUUGGUGAAUUUUUGGCGCGAAAAAUAUACUGACUUACCUAAGUGUCGUUAUGUGGUUAUUAAUGCAGAUAGUGGGUGCUCUUGCGCUUUUUCAAGCGCCCGAGCUCGCCCAAGGUGAAGAUUUUGGCUAUGAUGGCGAAAUAGGUCCAACAUAUUGGGGCGACAGAUACAGCGAGUGCAGAGGCAAACAUCAAAGUCCAAUUAACAUAAACAUAUUGCGCGUAAAGAAAGUCGCGCUGCCUGACAUCGCAUUCAUCGGCUUUGACGACCCCAUUGAUGACGUACAUGUAACCAACAAUGGACAUACAGUUUUAAUCGAAGUAGAGAACGAGCCUCAUCCCCGAGUGAGUGGAGGCCCUCUCGAUGGCAGCUACGUGUUCAGCCAGAUGCAUUUCCACUGGGGAGACAACGAUACUUUUGGCUCGGAGGACAAAAUUAACCAUAGAAGUUUCCCAAUGGAGUUGCACAUGGUAUUUUACAAGGAAGAUUACAAGUCAAUCCAACAAGCUGUGAAACAUUCGGAUGGACUAACGGUGCUUGCCUUCUUUUACGAGUUAGACCGUCACAAGCACCCUGCCUACGACGAUAUGACCUCAGCGCUCGAGAAUGUGACAGAGCCUCACUCCAGCGUGGUGAUGAGCAAUCCCUUCUCUUUCUUGAACAUCCUCCCCUUGGACCUGACUCGGUACUUCACUUACAGAGGCUCCUUGACUACACCACCUUGCUCUGAAGUAGUAAUAUGGCUAGAUUUUGAACAGCCUAUAAGGCUGGCACAUGAUCAGAUCGAGGCGUUCAGGGAGCUGCGAUCGGCGAAUGGAAAAAUAACGCACAACUUCCGACCAAUACAGCCAAUCGGUGACCGCGUAGUAUUUUAUAACGUCGACAACAAGUAUUUUGCCUAUAAUGAAAUUGACGAUCCUGACGAGGAGAGCUCCGGUCAUACUAGAAAACAGAGAAACAACGGUAGCAACACGCUUAGGUUAAGCAUUUUCAUCUACAUAAGUUCACUAUCGGCUUUAGUCAUGAAUAUAGCUUUUUUGGGUGUAAUGUAUUAACGUUAUUAUAAAAUAGCUCGUUUAAAUGAUUAGACCAUUAAACGUUAAGCACGUUGCUUGCACCAUUAAUUGUGUUGACAAGUCUAGUUACAGAACAUUUAAAUAUCGAUGAAGUAAUUAUGAAAUGCUUUAUGCUUGGAAUAAAAAGAUAUUUAAAUUAAUGUCAACAAACGUUGAUUGUACGUUAAAAUAAUUGUCCUUUUUUUUCUCACAACGUAAAUGGCGUCACAAAGUUUGUUUACAUAAAUUAAGGGGUCGUUAAUGCGUAUACCCCGAGAAGCACAAGAGGGGUAUGAGUUUAACAAACUGUCACAACCAUAACCUGCAAAGUAAGCAUGCUUCCGUCUUCUAGUUUUAGCCGAACGCUUUUCGGUUCGCAACUCGUGAAUUUUCGCGCGAUCAAAUUCCCGUGACAAAGAUAUAACUUCUCAAUGGGCAUAAAACGACGGAUGCGAUGCUUUUAACGCGUAUCUAGGUAAGUUACAAAAAUAAAAGUACAUUAAUGUUGGCGUGCGCUAAGGUAAUUAACAAAACGUGAACAUUCUUGAGAUGUUUUUCAUUUACUUAAGUAUCAAAUGCAUCUCAUGAUGUUGGUUUAUAUUUUAUUACAUACCUAUAAAGCUAACUAACCUUAAUUAUUUUAACUGUACAUUCUAUAUGCACAUUCUGUAAAAAGUAAUUUAAUAGCUAAUUUAAAUGUACCUAAUAUUUAAUUUUAUCUAUAGAUAGAUUCUCAACACGGUAGGCAAUUGGUAAGAUAUUAAUGUAUUGAAUUAAUUAUAUUUAUUUAUAAAUGGGAGAUGUGUUAUAAUGAUGCAUAAAGUAAAAUGAAUAAAAGUACUGAGCUGU